AUGUUCUUCUUCGUCAUCAUCCUCCUCAUCAACUCCCUCGCUGUCCUCUCCGAAGACCGCUUUCUAGCCAGAAUCGGAUGGGGCCGCACACAAAAUGACCCUGCUUUCGGCGCAACCUACGAUACUACCAGCGUCAAAGCGAAGACUAUUAAUCUGAUUGCGAGUGUAAGGACUGUUAUGCGAAUACCGCUUAUUGUGAUCAAUACGAUAAUUAUCGUGUACGAGCUUAUUCUGGGUUAA